AUGACUAUUUUGGGUGAUUUCAAGAAAUUUGUAUUUCGUGGCAAUGUAAUCGAUUUGGCGGUUGGUGUCAUCAUCGGUGCUGCAUUUGGCAAAGUGGUGACAUCAUUGGUCAACAAUGUUAUAAUGCCACCGAUUGGAUAUCUGACUGGCAAUACUGACUUCAGUAAUUUGAAAAUUCUCAUCAAAAAUGGAACUAAACCAGAAGAUGAAGUGGCCAUCAAAUAUGGUGCUUUCAUCCAGGAUACGGUUGACUUUCUCAUCAUUGCCUUUUGUGUAUUCGUCUUGAUCACCAUCAUCGGUAAACUCCAAAGGAAAAAAGUGACAAAGGAACAAGAGCUCAUACCUCCAGCUCCACCAGCACAAGAAGUUUUGCUUGCUGAAAUCAGAGAUAUUCUGAAAUCAAAGCCUAUCGUUUGA